UGGAUUGAAAAGAGAUUUCUCUAUUACAAAACCUAAUUGAUCGAGCCAAUGAGAAGGGAUGGAGGAGAGAGCUGUUUGAGUACUUAGAUAGAAAGCAGCUGUUAAUGUCAUCAACAGAACAGUCCCGACUCUUAAAUGAGGUUCCAAAAGCAAUUCCAGAUAUAGAAGAGCUUGAACCUGCUUCUGGGGAUUCUUCUGCAGAUGAUAAACAAGUAGAUAAUGGCUCACCCAGAACGAUCCUCAUUGAGACUACUAAAACACCCAGUGAUAAAUUGAAAGGAAAAGGUACUUCGAUGAGUGUUACAGAUGUUGCAGGAUAUGGAGAUAUAAGCAAUAAAAGUUCUGCUUCUGGGAUUAUUGGAUCUGGUUCAGGCAGUGAUGAGGAUGGGAACAAAGAAGCCACUGAUGGAAAUGCUUCUCAAAAAGAUAACGAAGGAGAUGGAAAUAACAAGGAACAUUCUGCUGAUGAGAUUGUUGGAUCUGAUUCAGCCAGUGAUAUAAAUGGGAAAGGAAAGACGACAAUUGGGAAUACUGAUACAAAAGUUGAUGAAGAAAAGCAGCAAUUGUCUGAAGCAUCUGAAGCAGCUGGGUCAGAAGAGCUGUUUCAGCAAUGUCAGCAAUCUCAAAUUAUCACUCCUGUGGGUCGAUCAGACCUCAUUCUUCAAAAAAUGUCAAGGCAGAUGACUUCAUGUUUUGCUGGUGAAAAACAAAUGGCACCAGUAGCCAAGUUCAUUGAAUUGAGUGAUGAUGAUGAUGAUGAUGAUGAAGAUGAUAAUGAUGGAAGAAAGACCCCUGAGGCUGCGAAGCAGAAGCAGACACAGAAUGCCCCUGAAUGUGAAGCAUGGCACUGUGUGGGUCCUCUGGGUGAAAGAAAGGGCCCAUUCUCAUUGCCAUUGCUGAAACGCUGGAGCGACUCCAGUCCUUAUGCCUCAAAGUACAAGGUCUGGAAGACAGGCCAGUGUGAAGACAAAGCAAUCCUUUUGGGCGAUGCCAUUCGCCAGCUUUUCCCUGAGAACCCAAAGAAAAACUGAGGGUCCAUGCCAGUGUCUGCCAAAUGUAAAUGCUAUAGGCUCGAAACUGAAGGUUUGGAUGAUGGGUCAGAACCAAGUAAUCGUUUCAUUUUUUACUAUAUGCACCAGAACAAUCCUUAUGAAUAAUUUACCUUUUUGAAGUUAUGCACCAGAACUUCCUCAUGGAAGAAGCCAUGGAUUUCUGUCUUCUUAGCCAAUAAAUCGUGGGAAACUUUAUCAGAAAUUGAGUUGACUCUGAUUGUGAAACAUUCUGCAGUCAUCCUUUUCUCUGAGCAUAGCUUGUUAUUCUUCCUUAUCUACAAGUACUCAUGCAAUUGCCUUUUGGUCUAA